CGGUGAUCACGUCAUGCUUCUCACUAGCGCCACUAGUACGCGCCAUAAAUGAUCUCGCACAAGUGAUCGACCCCACCUCUGCUGUCCCGCUUCGGGUCCUGUCUUCAAAGGUGCAUGAAGACAAAAGGUGGCCGGCAUCCCCCAUUUCCUCUCGAAAGCAAAAUAUCCAAACUAUACCAACGACCUACGUCGUAUCACUGCAAAGAUGAGCACAGAGGUCGUCAAACCACAUUUCUGCUACAGGCACCGGCCAAACUCGAACAAGUGCGAUGUGAUGCACGAAAAUGUCCGCAAGCGGUUGGAAGCGUUGUCCAUCGGCGACAGAGAUCUUGUGACCCGAAUAUGGGACCAAUUUACUGCGGCGCCACGUAUACUGCGGCCCCUCAUCCUUGACGGGUUGAUGGACCAUUGCUGUCUUCCCCAACUGUCGCACAUAUCAUCGGCUCUCGGGCCGCUUUUGCGCGUAGACAUCAUUGCUAGCCUGCCGGCAGAGCUGUCUAUCAGAAUCUUGCAAUAUUUGGAUGCGAAAGCGUUAUGCCAUGCCGCUCAGGUCUCGCAUUCAUGGCGGAAACUGGCGGACGACGACAUAAUAUGGCAUCGCAUGUGUGAGCAGCAUAUCGACAAAAAGUGCAAGAAAUGCGGUUGGGGAUUACCGCUGAUGGACAAGAAGAGGAAAGCUGCACCCAUCAAAGAUACGGCGCACGAUGAGGCCUCGGACAGUGUUCCGGACACCAAAAGGAGGAAGAUUGAUGCGUGCACAAAGAUUGAGGACGAGUCAUCCUCGACGGGACUUCUCCCAGCGUUGAUUCCACUAUCCCCGCCACCAGCUGCAAAGCGGAAGCGGCCAUGGAAGGAGAUAUACGCUGAACGGCUCGUUGUCGAGCGGAAUUGGCGAGGUGGCAAUUACGCAUUCACCGAGCUGACUGGGCACACGGACAGCGUCAUGUGCAUGUACUACGAUGAGGCCCGUUCGCUACUUGUGACGGGCUCCUACGAUUACAGCAUCCGUGUGUGGAACGUUGAUACGAUGGAGUGCAUCAAAAUACUCUCGGGUCACACCCGGUGUGUGCGCGGCAUCCAGAUGGAUGACACCAAGAUAGUUUCAGGCUCCAUGGACCGCACCAUCCGCAUAUGGAACAUGCAGACUUUCGAGUGUGUCCGAGUCUUGGAGGGACAUGCUGCCGGCGUCGUUUGCUUGAAUUUCAACGGCAAACUGCUAGCUACGGGGUCCACCGAUGGCACGAUCCGCGUCUGGGAUCUGUCGGCAGCCUGCUGCUUCCAGCUGACUGGCCAUACCGACUGGGUCAACAAGGUCCAAAUUUUGGACAAACAAAAUUUGUUCUCGUGUUCAGACGACCUGACCGUCAAGCAUUGGAAUCUUGAGACGCGGCAGGAGGUUCGCACGUUCAGUGGCCACGUCGGUCAGAUUUCGAGCAUCCAAACCCUCAUGCCGCACUCCACCCUUCGUAUCAACGGCAUCACCAUCCCCGGCGGGAUCCUUGUCUCCGCUUCUCUCGACAAUACGAUCAAAAUCUGGUGUCUCACCACUGGAAAAGAAAUCAAGACCCUGUUUGGUCACGUCGAGGGGGUUUGGUGCGUUGACGUCGACUCCCUGCGGAUUGUCAGCGGUGGGCAGGAUAAGAAGAUCAUUGUGUGGGACAUAGAGCGUGGCAAGGCGAUGCUGGAGUUGGAGGGAAACCGGGGGGCGGUCAACUGCUGUUGCAUGACGGACACGAAGAUCAUUUCGGGUGGAGAGGAUGGCUCGAUACGGGUGUGGGACUUUUUGCCCGUGUCGCCGUUCUUGGGGAUGCCAAUGCUUCCUAGCGGGGCGCUACCCGCGCCAGUAACCGCAUCGUCGUCGAGUUAGCUAUCGUUGGAGGCGGCGACCUAGUAGUUUCCUUCCGGAAAUAGUCGAAUUUGGCUGCGUCAACAUUGUUUUGGCCCUCCGGUUCUUUGAACCGUAAUUUCAUGAUAAACUAGGCAGAUUUUGUAUGUGCUCUAUUUGAUGAAUAUCGUCGCGAAAUUGGCAAUAGCAGCAACCCCAUCAAUAAUGAAGACACCUCACUUCAUCACAUGAACAUUAUUUUGAGAGUCCAUAUCGAUACGUUUCAGUCUAUGAUACAAUGCUAACCCUGAAUGAGUGCGG